AUGAAGACUCACAUGCUGGUGCAUACGGGCCAGAAACCUUUCGAAUGUGCAGAAUGUGGGAAACGAUUCAGUCAACUUGGACAUGUGAAGAAGCACUCAUUUGUGCAUACUGGGGAUAAACCUCAUGAGUGUCCAGAGUGUGGGAAAAAAUUCAGUCAUCUUGGACAUGUGAAGAGACACAUGGUUGUGCAUACAGGGGAUAAACCUCAUGAGUGUCAGGAGUGUGGGAAAAGAUUCAGUCACCGCGGAGAUGUGAAGAGGCAUAUGAUGGUGCAUACGAACCUGAAGCCUUUUGAGUGUGCUGAGUGUGGAAGAAGAUUCAGAGAACGUAGUAGUAUAAUUACACAUAUGUUGUUGCAUACAGGUGACAAACCUCACGAGUGUCAAGAGUGCGGACAAAGAUUUAGGCAUCGUAAAAGUAUGAGUAAUCACAUGACAAUAUUUCAUACAUGUGAUAAACUUGACUUGGCCUAG